GAUGGUGGCGCGCCUUGCCGGCCAGCAGCGCCCUUGCAAGCGGCGAAGGGCCGAGGAUGUGACCCCCGCGGAGAGGAGGCCCGGGCCCGGCCAGGAGGAGCCCCGCGCCCCGGUCAAGAAGAGGAGCCAGCCGGGGGAGAGGGGCGCUUCUCCCCUCCGGGUCUCCUCUGCCCUGGAGCGGCAGGCCUUCCGAGAAUACGGGCCCAGCUGGUACCGCUUCCGAAAGGCGCUGGAAGGGCGCUUCCAGCCGAAGGACCCGCUUGCCCUCCAGCCCCAAGUAACUGCAGAGGCCCGGUGCAAGCUGAUUAGCUGGCUCAUUCCAGUGCAUAAGCACUUUGGCUUCUCUUUUGAGUCCUUGUGCCUGGCUGUGAACACGCUGGACCGCUUCCUCACCACCACCCCAGUGGCUGCAGACUGCUUCCAGCUCUUAGGGGUCACCUCGCUCUUAAUCUCUUGCAAACAGGUGGAAGUGCACCCGCCCAAAGUGAAACAUCUCCUGGCCCUUUGCUGCAACACUUUCUCUCGCCAACAGCUCUGCAACCUGGAGUGCAUCAUUCUGAGCAAGCUUCACUUUAACCUGGCAGCCCCUACCAUCAGUUUCUUCCUGGACUACUUCACUCACAUGCGGAUAGAGGCUUGUGAGGCGGAUGCCUGGGAGGCCAACUGUGCCAAAACUUUGGCAAAAGGAGUGGCUGAACUUAGCCUGGCUGACUAUGCUUUUAACAAAUAUAUGCCUUCCUUGCUGGCAAUUUGCUGCUUGGGAUUGGCUGACCAGAUGUUGCAACAUCAGAAACCACUGGACUUGAAGAUAAGUGACUAUUCUGAGGGAGAAAUGCAAGAUUGUAUGGACAAGCUGCAUUUACUGGUGUCUUUGAAUGAGGAUUCUUUGCCUCUAGUACUACCCCCUGAGAUUUCAGAUCAGUAUCUGCAUUUAGAAAAAUGAGUUAGCUAACCAAACAAACAAAAAAUACUUGAAGCUCUGUGUGUGGACAUGAAUUUGGAAGGGGUUUUUUUGUUGGUCUAUUUGCCAAUGCAUGUAUAGAAGGAUCACAUGUAAUACCUCAAAAGUAUUUGUUUUGUACUUUUACUAAAUAGUCAACAAGUUUUACAUGGUAUUUAUAUUAGUAGUGGAAGCUAUAAUACUGGUUUAAAAUAUAAUAAAUUAAACAAUGGCUUCUCUAACCCUUUGAACAUCAUUUUAGAUUCUAUUUUGCACAGUAGACUUGUUGUAUAUUGCACUAAUAUUAUUUUAAAUAAUAGGCUGGAGUUGUAAACAAUGUAUAUAUUCUGCCUGUACUUAUUUAUUGAGAUUAUAGUUUAUUACUAAGCCAUUCAUCUAAUAAAGUUUCUAUCAUUAAUAA